GGCGCUUGAAGGUGGAAAAACGAUCAACGUGACAGCCUCCGAGAUCAAAUGGGCCGACUGGACGCGUGUAGCACGAAACUAUCAACUCAAAAUAGGUUUAAAAGACACAUGGAAGAAGGAGACUUUCGAAGGCUUCACUCAUGCCGAUCAAGACUCUCUAGGAGACUUGAUCAAACAGCAUUUUGACGUCAAUAUGGACGUGAAAGAGAUAUCGUGGAGAGGCUGGAAUUGGGGUUCAACUGAUGUUCGAGGUACUGAUCUCGUGUUCCUUGUGGGGAACAAACCUGCCUUUGAGAUACCGCUGCCUACGGUGGCGAAUUCCAAUAUUGCUGGCAAGACCGAAGUCUCCCUAGAGUUCAUCCAACCUGACUCAAACGCGAACAAGACGGGAAAGAACGCUCCUGAUGAGCUCAUGGAGCUUCGUCUGUACAUUCCAGGGACUCAGCAAAAGGAUGAUGACGACGAAAACGGCGAGGAGAUCAGCGCUGCACAAAUGUUCCACGAAACAAUCAAGGAGAAGGCCGAUAUCGGACAAGUUAGUGGGGAGAGUAUCGUCAUCUUCCACGAAGUGCUCGUUUCAACCCCUCGAGGUCGCUAUGACAUUCACAUGUUCCCUAACUUCCUAAGGUUACAUGGGAAAACAUAUGAUUACAAGGUCCCUUAUAAUACAAUUGCGAGACUCUUCUUGCUUCCAAGAGCUGACGAGCAAAAUAUUUCCCUGGUGAUCAACCUUGAUCCUCCGAUCCGUCAAGGUCAAACAAGAUAUCCCUUCCUGGUCCUAGUCUUUAACCGUGACGAUAACAUGACAGCGGAGCUCAAUAUUGACGAGAGGCAGGACACGGCGAACCAAACAACACCCUUUUUCGCCACUUAUCCUGAUGAAUUGGCCGCCCUCCUACGAACACCUGGAGUCAAGCUGGCAGUAGUCGAUGUGAGAGACGAUGAUUAUGAAGGUGGCCAUAUCCGAGGCUGCAUUCAUUCUCCAUCGGCUACUUUCCUGGACGGCGGGGUUGAACGUCUUAGAGAGCAGCUGAAGGAGACGCCGAUGGUUGUGUUUCAUUGCGCUCUUUCUCAAGUGAGGGGUCCGAAAGCGGCAAGGAUAUAUGCGGAGACUAUCGAUGAAAUCCGACGGAAAGGUGGUGAUGCCCCCGUUUCGCAGGACAUAUAUGUUCUCCGAGGCGGGUUUGGCGAGUUUCAAGCAUUAUAUAAGAACGAAAAAGAUCUCGUUGAAGAAUAUGAUGCGGCUUUUUGGGAUUAUUAG